AUGGGGCAGCGGGCUGCUAUGGAUGAUCUGCGCAGGGAAAAAGCCAAGGUGAUGGAGGUGGAGACAGAGCUAGAGGUGGUCAAGGCUAGGCUGGAGGAUGCGAACGCGACCAACGCCGAGUUUAGCAAGACGGAAGAAGCCCUUAACGAUAUGAUUAUUGUGCUCCGGGGACGUAUCGCCAGACUGACUGAGGGGGCGGAGGACAACAAGUUGACUGAGCGGGUACUGCGGGCGGAAAUAUCCAGCCUCAAGUCGGAGCUACAAGCUCUGGAGGAGCAGAAGGAGGAGCUUCGCAGGUCGUUCAGGGAUAGUCAGAGUGCUCUCUCGGACAGCACUGAGAAGGUGUCAGCUCUGGAGUCUGAUGUUGUCAUGAAUAAUAAGAAGCUCGCCAUGGUCAAGAAUUCGCUCGCUAAGGAGAAGGGCGCCCGGGCGGAGCUUGUGGGUGAUUUGAAAGAGGAGCGCUCCAAGAGGAGAGAUGUCGCUGCAGAGCUGGAACUUCUCAAGGAAUUGUCAAAAGCGAAGGUUGAGCCAGCGGGAAAGCGGCUGAACUUGGCCAACCGGAAGAUGAUUGACCUCGAGGAUGGAAUCAAGGCUGCUAGGAGGGCGGCUGCUGAUGCUGAGUCGAAGCUCGAUGAUGCCCAAGCCGAGAUUACUUAUCGCGACCGUCGCCUGGCGGCGGAGACGGACAGGUAUCAAAAGAAACAGGCCGAACUUGAGGAGGCUGAGAGGCGGGAGGAGGACUACGACCCUGAGCACCUCUACAAACAGCUCGAAUAG